AUGACAGUCCAAGUCAUCCUCAUCUCCGGCCGCUCGGGUGUCGGCAAAACAACCAUCGCAAACGAAAUGCACGCGCAGCUAAACAGCCGUGGAAUACCACAUGCCCACAUCGACACUGAUAACCUCGACAUGGUCUAUCCAGAGGAAUUAGGGUCUGAAUUACUACUCUGCAACCUCGCCGCGUUGGUCAGUAACUACUAUCGGCUUCGCGGCUGCCAGAAGUUUAUUCUCUCUGGGACGGCGGUUGUUUUAGAGCACGACGCUAUUCAGCGUGUCAUCAAGGAUGCUGUUCAGAAGGAGGCUUUAGAAGACCAGGCUCGGGAUAGCGGCAUGCGGCCAGUUGGGAUGAGCGCGUUUAUUCUUACGGCGGGCGAUGAGGUUGUUUUGGAGAGGUUGCUGGGGAGAGAGGUUGGGAGUACCCUGGAUGCCCAUUUGGCGAGUAGUCGCAGGAUGGCGGGUGUUCUUGAGAGAGAGGUGGGCGAUUGGGCUUGUCGAGUUCCGACGAGGGACCGGAACGUUACAGACAUCGCAUUACAGAUUUUGGAAGAGGCAUCCUGGAUAUGA